GGUGUGCAAUCUCAGUUUGGUUACUGGCCAACGUCUAUUACGGGUCUGGGUGUGAUAGCGUUUCCGAAUGAUGGUCGCUUUUUUGGUUGUGAUCCAUAUUCCAAAAGCAAUGCACAAGAGAUGGAUGGCAAGAUACUAGUGAUCAGCCGAGGAGAAUGCACAUUUUAUCGAAAGGCGGUCCAUGCGCAAGAAGCAGGAGCGAAAGCGAUAAUUUUUAUAAAUAACGAA